AUGUCCCGAAGCCAGUCCGCUAUUGCUUGGCCGAGCCACAUCACGGCCUCGGAGCGAGAGUUCUUUGAUUACUUUUAUCAACUUCUCGAUGGGACUACGCCAGAGGAGGGCAAAGCUUGGAGCGAGACAUUUGCUCCGGAUGGGGAGUUUCGGGCGUUUGGCCAUGUAUUCAAGGGUCAUGCUGGUACGUUUUGCACGGGUGCUGUACUACGCAGUGGCCAAGUGACUAAGUACACAGCGACCGAGAAACACAUCACCAACUUUUGGAAGUCCUUUCCAGGACUGAAGCACCAGCCCUUAAAGGCUUACACAUACGAUCCAGCUGGACGAGAGCUGAUCAUUCUGACAAACUACGAAAUGACUUGCCCCGACGGAUCUGUCAUUCAGGACAAGAGUGCUGCCCACUUUCAUCUGAAAGAAGUCAACGGGCGACUUGUCAUUGAGCGACUGACGCUAUACUUGGACCCCCAGGUGUUGACCAACACGUUGGCCAAGAGUGCGCUCUAG